UUGUAAACCAAAAAGAAGCCAAAAUCCUAAGGGUUGAUGAAUCCAUAUUUUUAGAAUUUGAUGGAUGAAUGGAAACGGAAAGAACAAGAAUGAAAGAAGGUUAAAGAGAACAACGAAACACGCGACCUUCUCGUUGACUUCGGAUUGUUUUGAUUGUGUGCAUGCCAAGCUCGUUUGUAAACACAGAAGUAAAUCUAAAAACAUAAUUCUUGUUCGGUCAAUAGAAACUAGAUAUUAGUGUAUUUAGUAUCUAUUGUCCUUUUUAAUGGAUUGAGACCCGAGUCUUUGUCUGGCUACGAUUUGUUGUGUUCACAUGAGGACGCAUGAUCAUGGACUGCAGAUAGUGAAGAAUGGAAAUCCAAUGCUGUUUUACCGGAUAUAAUGAUAACCUAUUAACGCGUGAGCUCUAUACUAGGACUUGCUGACACUUUUAUUCACUAUUGUGUCACACAAAAAUACAGACCAAAAACUGAAACACAAGCUGGUUCGAAGGCAAAUUGUAACGUCAUUUGAAGAGACUCAUUUGUAAAGAAUAUGAAUUUUCUUUGCUGGGGGAAAGUGCAGAAGAAGAAUGAGAAUCAGAAGAAAAACAAAUUGGAAAGGCUUCCUCGAAGUCAGCGCGCAGUACAUGGGGUUGGACACGUUUUGAACGACUUGGUAUCGAGCGUGUGGUUCAGCUACUUGAUCAUUUACCUCACCAAGGUUGUUAAACUUUCGAACCGACACACGGGGCUAGUAAUCCUUCUCGGGCAAAUUGCGGACGGGAUUUUCACUCCCUUCAUUGGUAUCAUCUGCGACAGAACUGUAUGUCGAUACGGACGAAGAAAAAUAUGGCAUAUGAUAGGGACAGUACUGGUUACUGCAUCGUUUCCCUUGCUUCUGAUCCGUUUACUUGAUCAGACGACAAGUGAUAUUCUGAAAAUGGUAUACUAUGUUGGGAUUGCUGCUGUUUUCCAGUUCGGUUGGGGGUGUGUGCAGAUUAGCCAUUUGUCUUUGAUUCCAGAGAUCUCACGCAGAAAGGACGAGCGAGUGGAACUGAACGCCAUCAGGUCCGCCAUGACCUUUCUUUGUGGUAUUUACGUGUACGGCGUCACCUGGAUUUUGCUUGGCCAAAGUUCUGAACACAAAAUAACCCCAAAAGUUUGGCAUGAGUUUAUGUAUUUAUCUUUUAUCAUCAUCGGUACGGGAAACUUUUUCAACAUUAUCUUCCACGUGGUUAUAAAAGAACCGCUGUCUGCUGGCUACCUAAAACGACAAGAAUUGAAACUUAGCGAGAUAGAACCAGGAGUGACGGAUCAGGUGAGUGUACUUCCUGAUCCCGAUCAGAAUUCGUCCAAGAAAGAUUUGGUAACGAAAUCGUUUGAAAAUGCCGCACUGGAAGCCAACCAAGAACUCGAAAUUUGUUGUAACGGUGUAACGAGCGAUGGCGUGACAGGUAUAAAAGAUAAUUGCGUGACCAACAUGAAUAGUUAUCCACAGUCUUUUCAAAGAAUGGAUAAACCGAUAGUUUGUCAUCAUGACAUGACGACCCUAGAAGACCAUAGUGUUACAGUUGGCUCCAAGAAGAGCGAUGAUUGCGUGACCAAAACUAAACCUCGCCCUAAAUCUAGAUCCGAUUGGCUGAAAAAUUCUGCUCUUUACAAGACAGCAGUAGUUUACAUGUGUACCAGACUAGUGGUGAAUAUCUCUCAGUCUUACCUUGCUCUUUACCUCACACAGACGCUGAACUUUGAAAAGGAAGCCAUUGCUUACUUCCCUCUUGUCGUCCUCGUCAGUGGAGUUUUAUCAAGUUUGGUUGUAAAGACUUUAGAUCGAAAUCUCGGAUCCAAGAUUACAUACAUAUUUGGUGCAACCUUGUCUCUUGGCGCAUGCGCAUGGUUCUACCUGCAGACUGUUGACAUGCGCAAUGGAGUCUAUGCAGCUACGGUGCUUAUGGGCAGCGGUGGUUCUGUGAUGUUGGUGACGUCAUUAUCAAYGAUUGCUAAUCUUGUAGGGGACGAUAAGACAUAUGGGGCUUUUAUCUAUGGUGCGAUCAGUUUCAGUGAUAAACUGUCCAGCGGUAUUGUCAUAGCAAUUAUCCAAGAGCUCAACCCACGUGAACACCAAGUAGACGAAUGUUCAAAAUGUGACAAAUAUGUUCGUCAGGUACAGAGUAUAGCUCCAGGUGUAGCUGCCUUGGCUGGCUUUCUAACAGUAGUGUUCUUUUACAAGUCAAUCUUUGUUUGUCAAAAAAGAGUUGAGUCACGUGACGCUACGGUCCAGGUGAAUAUGGAUCAACCGUGGACAGAAGAAGAACAAGACUUUUCAUCGAUCACAAAUACCAACCUCAAUACCAACAACGACCCCCCAGCACCCGCUACUGCAGAUUGCGUUGCUCAAAUACACUGUUACCACGACAACAGGAUUGCGCAACUCGAGAUUGAAACGAGGUUUUAACAGUUGGGUACUUUCUAAAUCCAAGGGGCUCGUGGUACAGAAAAAAUAAUAUGAAGGUUCAAAAAGAUUUUACUCAAUACAUUUGCAUGGAAUUAAGCCGAAAAAUAAUGUAUAUUAUUUAUCUUUCUUUUGUAGAUUUGAAAUGAAAAUUUCAUGUAAAGCAAUGCGUGAUAUGUGUACUUUAAAAUAAAACAUAUGCUGUUAAACAAUAA